CCACCCGGAAGCGCCCCGGCGCGGGAGCCGCGAGCUGCAUUUGCAGAUCUGAGGAUGUUAUGCGGCUGUUCCCUGAGCUGGUCACCGAGUCUCGCUCCCUGGAAGCUCUGCUGUGCUUCUUGCCAAGAUGAAAUGUGUCUUGGUGGCCACAGAGGGUGCAGAGGUCCUCUUCUAUUGGACAGAUGAGGAGUUUGAAGAGAGUCUCCGGCUGAAGUUUGGGCAUACAGAGAAUGAGGAAGAGGAGCUCCCUGCACUGGAGGACCAGCUGAGCACUCUCCUGGCACCCAUCAUCAUCUCCUCCAUGACAAUGCUGGAGAAACUCUCAGACACAUACACCUGCUUCUCCACGGAAAAUGAUGAUCACUUGUAUGUCCUUCACCUGUUUGGAGAGUGCCUGUUCAUCGCCAUCAAUGGGGACCACAUGGAGAAUGAGGCAGACCUUCGACGGAAACUGUGUGUGCUCAAGUACCUGUUCGAGGUGCACUUCGGGCUGGUUACUAUGGACAGCCAGCUCAUCCGAAAGGAACUGCGGCCCCCUGACCUAGAGCAACGUGUGCAGGUGUGGGCACGCUUCCAGAGCCUGCUGAGGACCUACAACCACCUGAGGGAGCGGGAGCAGAGCUUCGCGGUGGAGGCUGUGGAGCGGCUGAUUCAUCCCCAGCUUUGUGAACUGUGCAUAGAGGCACUGGAGCGACACGUCAUCCAGGCUGUCAACUCCAAGCCUGCGCAGGGCGGCGAGGAGGCUCAGCACGCCUUCCUGCUAGUCCACACCAAGCUGCUGGCCUUCUACUCCAGCCAUGGUGCCAGCACCCUGCGCCCUGCUGACCUUCUGGCCCUCAUCCUCCUGGUGCAGGACCUCCACCCCAGCCCAAGCACAGUGGACGAAGAGGAGGACGGCACCCAGCCUUUCCCACAGAGGAGGCCUCGGAGCAGCCAGAGCAUCCCGGUGCAGCGGGCCUGGAGCGUGGACAGCACGAGCCCCACAGGCCCCUCCCACCCCACGGCAGAGAGUUCUGCAGAGACGGACCCUGACAUCCCCGAGGAAUACUUCACACCAGCUCCUUCUCCCAGUGAACAGAGCUCAGGUAGUACUGUCUGGCUGGAUGGCAACACCUCACCCAUGGAUGUAUCUCAGAUAGCUGAAGAAUCCCCCCAGGCCCUGGUUCCUCACUCCCCAGCACCUUCCAGCCAUAGGAGAAUCUUCUUGGAUGCCAACAUAAAGGAGAACUAUUGCCCCUUGGUGCCCCACACCAUGUACUGCCUUCCUCUGUGGCCAGGCAUUAACAUGGUGCUUCUGACCAAGAGUCCCAGCACUCCACUUGCUCUGGUCCUGUACCAGCUGCUAGAUGGCUUCUCUUUGCUGGAGAAGAAGCUGAAGGAGGGCCAGGAGGCCAGGAGUGCCCUCCGCUCCCAGCCCCUUGUGGGAGACCUACGCCAGAGGAUGGACAAGUUUGUCAAGAAUCGAGGGGGACAGGAGAUUCAGAACACCUGGCUGGAGUUUAAGACCAAGGCCUUCUCCAAAAGUGAACCGGGAUCAUCCUGGGAGCUGCUCCAGGUAUGUGGGAAGCUAAAGCGGCAGCUCUGUGCAUUCUACCGUCUCAGCUUCCUGGCCACGGCCCCCAGCAGGGGAGGCCCAUACCUGUCCCCGCACCUGCAGGACCAGCUCCAGAGGAUCAUGCGGGAGAGGCUGCUGGACUGGAAGGACUUCCUGUUGGUGAAGAGCAGAAGGAACAUCACCAUGGUGUCCUACCUGGAGGACUUCCCAGGCCUGGUGCAUUUCAUCUACGUGGACCGCACAACUGGGCAGAUGGUGGCUCCGUCCCUCAGCAGCAGUGAGAAGACUUCAUCAGAGUUGGGCAAGGGACCACUGGCUGCCUUCGUCAAGGACAAGGUCUGGGCUCUAGUCCGGAUGGCACGCAGGUACCUGCAGAAGGGCUGUACCACCCUGCUCUUCCAGGAUGGGGACUUCCGCUGCUCCUACUUCCUGUGGUUUGAGAAUGACACGGGCCACAGACUGCAGAUGAUUGAAGUGCCUGUCCUCUCGGAUGACUCCGUUCCCAUCGGCGUGCUGGGAGGUGACUACUACAGGAAGCUCCUGCGCUACUACAGCAAGAGCCGCCCCGCUGAAGCCGUCAGGUGCUACGAGCUGCUGGCCCUGCACCUGUCCGUCAUUCCCACCGAACUGCUGGUGCAGCAGGCCGGCCAGCUAGCCCGGCGCCUGGGGGAGGCCUCCCGUGCACCCCCGCCCUAGGCCAGGCACCUCCAGCUACCCCGCUUGCAAAUGUCUCCUCCUGUCUCUAGUGGCCUCCUGAGGAUGUACCAAGGGCCUGGGGCAGCCCCAGGGUUUCUGAGUACACCUGGACCCCGUGUACAUAGGGUAACAAGCCCCUAUAGCCUUCCCCUUGGAGACAGUGGGAGCCUGUGGGAUUCCACUGGUCUUAAAACAGCAGCAGCUGCAAGGGCACAGAUGGCAGAGGCUUCUCUGCCUCUCUUCACCCCCAGGAGAUGGGAGGAAGCCCCAGUGCUCCGGCUGUCUGAAGACACUCUCUUCCUGCUGUUCAGAGUAGAAGCUAUUUCCUUCCUGACAUGAAAGGUGCUCACUAGCUGGUUUGCAUUCCAGCACUGCCAUUCCCU